UCCCCUCACGUCCCCCCGACAGGCGUGUUAUGGUCCGACCAGGAGACGCAGACCUUCUUCGGAAGUCUCGCCAGGAGAUCGAGGUGGCGGCCAGACCUCAUCAGCCAAGACCUAGGAGGAUCUAAAUCCGAAUCAGAGAUCGGAUGGUUGAUCGACUCGCUUCGCCUGCUGAGCGAGAUCGAACGGGCCAAACGUCCCGAUCGAGGCACUGAGGAGAAUUCGAUCUGGAAGGAAGGCUUCGCUCCCUGUGUCAGGGAAGUAUCGGAAGGCUGGAUCGAGAGGGAAGAAGACCUCGCC